CUCUUCCCUGUUUCUCUCGUUUCUUGAUAGCGCAAUUCUUCUUCCGGCUUUGGUGCAGGGCGUUCUUGUGUAAAGGCUUUCUUUCCCACGAGGAAUGCGAUCACCUCAUCGAACUGGCGAGGGGUAAGCUGGUGAAAUCCAUGGUGGUGGAUGACGCGGGGACGGCCGUGAUCAACGAAAUCCGCACGAGCUCCGGCAUGUUCCUCAGCAAGCGCCAGGUGAUUGGCCAAAAAAAUGCCGAGCCUAUGCAAGUAUUACACUAUGAAAAAGAUCAAAAGUAUGUACCUCAUGUUGAUUAUUUUACUGACAAGUCCAAUAUAGAACGUGGAGGUCAUCGAUUGGCCACGGUGCUUAUGUACUUAUCUGAUGUUAAGAAGGGUGGGGAAACCAUCUUUCCAGCUGCAGAGGGUGGACUUUCUCAACUCAAAGAUGAAACCUGGUCCAACUGUGCAAGAACUGGUUAUGCAGUGAAACCUAAUCAGGGUGACGCUUUGCUUUUUUUUAGCCUUCAUGUCAAUGCAACAACAGAUACAAGAAGUUUGCAUGGAAGCUGCCCGGUCAUAGAAAGAGAAAAAUGGUCUGCAACAAAAUGGAUUCAUGUGAGAUCGUUUGACAUUCUGAAGAAUCAAAGCCCAAGAAGUGAUUGUUCAGAUGAGAAUGUAUGGUGCCCACAUUGGGCAGCUGCGGGGGAGUGCGAAAAAAAUCCUGUAUACAUGGUAGGAACCAAAGAAUUGCAGGGAUUCUGUAGGAAGAGUUGCAGGGUAUGUGAAUUAUAGGUUCUGGUUCAUGCUAUAAGUCUGCUGCUCAGUGCAUAUAAGUAGAACAAUGAAAAGCAGGACAUUCAUUUGAAAUGCCACUCAAUUCUUCCUUUUAAGCUAACAGUUGAAUCUUAAAACCAUUAUUAAAAAAAUU